CCCAAUUUUCUCUUGGGCAAUGAUGCCCUAGUCUAGUUUUCUGCUGGGCAAACACAAAUCGAUUUCACAAUGAAGGAAAUUAGGUUAAUGGGUUCUUCUUCUUCUGCAGAUUCAGAUUCAGAUUCAUCCAUGAAAGGAGUUGAUCGAGAGGAUAUACCAGAUGAUGUUUGGUCUGAAAUUUUUCUUCAUCUUCCAUUUAAUUCCAUCUUCAAAUUCAGGUGUGUUUCAAAGGUAUGGUUUUCGAUACUCUCAAACCCUUAUUUCACUAACAAAUGGUAUCAACUCAACUAUUUAUCACUCCCAUGGGCAUCAGUGGAAGUGGAAAACCAUUCCCAAGAUUUUUAUGAAUGCGAUCCACUCACUCAAAAAUGGGAUUUACUUCCUCCAUCACCACCAAGAGAAGAUGAUUUCGCUGUGUCAGGUAUCGUGUGUAAUUAUCAAUUUUGUUCAUCAUCAGUCAUUUCUAAGAGUUAUAAGGUUAUCCGGAUACCAAAUUUUGCAGCUGCAGCAAAUGAAUUUACAGUUGAAAUAUUUUCUUCUGAUCUGGGUGAAUGGAAAAUCUAUGAUGUUUCAUGUCCUCAGUAUGUUACUUGGGAUAUUGACUACUUUUACGGCAAUCUUUUUACCCACAAUGGUGUUUUCUACUGGUUUCAACAGCGAAACCGCAAAAUUUUAGCUGUCAUUGUGAACGGAAACACCAACCAUGGAACCAGUGGCCCCAAAUGUAGAAUGAUCAAGAUGCCUGGCGAAGCUGUGGAUGGUGAUAUUAAACAUUUAAGUGAAUGUCUCGGGGAGUCUGAAGGAUUGAUCUGUUUCGCUAGGUUUCAGGAAACGGAGAUGAGUUUGAGUGCUUGAUGGAGACUGGUGUGUGUUGCACAAGGAUAUUCAACUUCAUGAUUGGUUAGCAGAAAUGUAUUCCCAGUUUUUUGGUGUAGGUGUGGGUAACUGGGUUUCACAAUUUGAGGUUGCAGGUUUCAGUCUAGUUGACAAAAAUGUGGUCAUACUUAGUUCCAUGGAGUAUGCUUGGGCAUAUAACAUCAAGACCAGUGUAUGCAAACUGUUAUGUCAUCCUCGUUUGAGUACCUCAGCAGGUUUUCAACCAAGGCUACAAGCCUUCCACCACCACUUUCUUAGAGUGACACAUGGUUUUUGGAUGUUCAAAUAGUAGUGCAUCAAAAUGUAAAGGUGUGGAAUCCAAACAUCCAUUAUCCUACAAACUUUAUUGUUAGAGUGAAGUGAGGACCAUCUGGAGAUUAGAUUGAAUGAUGACAUAAAUUAGAUUUUCACAAAGACUCGAUGAAAAUAUCUCUUUUGGGGAUUUAGGUGGACUUGAGCAGGUGUUCGCAAUCCUUCAGUGUCAUAGCAACACUUGUUCUUUUUGUUUAGUAUCUACCAUGUAGGAAGUAUAAUGCAUCUGAAUAUUUGACAGGCAGGGGAUCGAUCAUAUUGCAGCUAUAUUAAUUGAAUCUUUUGGCAGGGGUAAAACACAGAUACACAUCUCAUCAUUGCGACUUUUCAUUGAAAAUUAUUUGUUUAGCAUCAUUUUAAUUUAACACGCUCCUAGUUUUCUUGUGUAUAAAAGAUCCACUUGAAUAGAUUUUUCACCUGGUGCAAAUCAAUGAUUGUUUGUCCCCCUUGAAUUGUUAUGUUCACUACUAUCAUUUCCCCCUAUCUCUAUUUCUGUUGGGUGGUAUGUGUAGUUGGUUUAUCGGUUUUGAUCUUUUGGUGCGAGCCUUUGUUUUAAUUAGUGCUUGUAUCUGGUGUUUUGGCAGUCGUUUGCCCUUACCUCCUUUUGUGGUGGCUCAUUUGUCUUAUCAGGAUUCGGCGAUGGCUAGAACUUCGGGAGAACACACAGGACUUUGAGCAUUUGGUCUCUUCUGAAGGAAUGGUGUUUGCUGCACUACUUUGAUUAGCAUAUGUACCUCAACCUUGGCAAGGUGGACUUGAGAAAAUUAUUUAACACCUUGUAUAUAACUAGAUUUAUACUCUCACCUUGGAGCACUUACUGUUCUUGAUUCUUGUUUAUGUUCACUCAAUUUCAAAUUGUCAGGAAUCAUGUUGUUUAAAUGUGUACUUCCCUUUUAGUUUGUA